CCUCCCUCCGCGACUGUUGACUCCCGAGCGACGAGAGGAAGCGGACAAUAAAAUUAGUGAGCCAGGCGCCAGCCAUUGUCUCAAACCCUCCCCCUCCAAACUCUUCAACGGUUUCUCUCUUUCCGCCUCCCAUUUCCUUUCUUCCCCCCUUCUGGCAUUAUAUUAGAUUAUAGUUUUUAUAAAUCUUCUCCGCUCCGUCAUUCUUAUCUUCUCCACUUCUAUUUCGAUUCACAUUACCCCCGUAUUCGCCUCUUGCAAUCCCUCGUUAUACCUCCGUCUUUAUCCCUUAGAGGUCUCAUUUCGAUCCUUUUCGGCAGAGGGACGGAACUGUGAUUCGAUUAUAGGGUUAGGGAUAUUUUGGGUGCCUUGAUCAGGUUUCUCAUCGUUCUUCGUCGUCGUUGAUGGCUGCUCCACCUGCUAGGGCUCGGGCGGACUACGAUUACCUCAUCAAGCUUCUCCUGAUCGGCGAUAGCGGUGUUGGUAAGAGUUGCCUUCUUUUGCGUUUCUCAGACGGGUCUUUCACGACCAGUUUUAUCACUACAAUUGGCAUUGAUUUUAAGAUAAGAACCAUUGAGCUGGAUGGCAAACGGAUUAAACUGCAAAUCUGGGAUACAGCUGGGCAGGAACGAUUUCGAACAAUCACAACGGGUGGGUUAAUAUCUUCUUGGGUUGCCCUUGCUCCAUUUCUUUUUCUUGCUUUUCUACUGAUAUGUUGGUCUAAGGUUUAUCCCUGUGGUUCUGGUCUCUCUGCAGCUUACUAUCGUGGGGCCAUGGGUAUUUUGCUUGUUUAUGAUGUUACCGACGAAUCAUCUUUUAACAACAUAAGGAACUGGAUUCGGAACAUUGAACAGCAUGCUUCUGAUAAUGUAAACAAAAUUCUGGUGGGCAACAAGGCAGACAUGGAUGAGAGCAAAAGAGCGGUGCCUACCUCCAGAGGUCAAGCACUUGCUGAUGAAUAUGGCAUCAAAUUUUUUGAAACAAGUGCAAAGACAAAUCUAAAUGUGGAGCAGGUCUUCUUUUCAAUAGCUAGAGAUAUCAAGCAGAGGCUUGCAGAAAGUGAUAACAAACCUGAGGAUCGGACGAUUAAGAUUAACAAACCAGACCCGGCAGCUGGGGAGGCUAAAGCUCCAGAAAGAUCAGCAUGCUGUGGUUCCUAAGAAGCGUGCAUUUAUUUUGGAGAGAGGGUGGGGGUGGGGUUAGAACUGUUGACUUCAGUGGGAACAAAUUUGGUUGUGAUAUACAUAAUGAUUGGAGUGAAGAUGAAGAUGGUAUGGUGGGUGCUUGUAUUAUUAAUCUUAUCAAUUCUUUUCAACUAUUAGUUUUACUGUGAUACCUUGUGGGAAGUUGAUAUUACAUGCAUUGUCUUGGCAUCACGUAAAACACUGAUGCUUAAAUUGCUGAUUUGCCAUCUUCA